AUUCUUGUGUCGAGGACGAAGUGAUCACUUGUCUCUCUCUCCUCCUCUCAGCCGCUGCUGCUUUUAUUUUGUAUUCCUCCUUCAUCCCUUCAUUCACCUCCAACACUGAACUGACGCAUUCUGCGGGGAAACCUGCGGCUGCUCCGGAUGGAAGUUGCGCUCCGUGGAUCCACCGGAGAGUCCCGCAGCUUCUCCCCGUGAGGAGGUUCGAUCUGCUCCCCCCCCCACUCCAUCCUGCGGAGUUCAGCAGCCCCGGAGGACCCGGGAGUUACACCCGGAGAAAAGCCGACACUGAGGUGACGGCCUGUUGUGUUCCUCUGAGCUGCAGGAGUCCAGGAAACACAAAAUGUCUCCGUCUGAUGUCAGAUUGCUGGUCCUCUUUCUCCUCCUCCACGUCUCCACGGUCUGGAGCCAGCAGGUUCCCUCUAACUGUGUGAUCAAGAGGGAGCAGGAAAAAUGUCUGGAGAUGAUGGCCUCGGACGAUCCCGGGAACGAUCCAGAGUUCGGUUGUCCGUGGAUGUGGGACAACCUGACGUGUUGGCAGCCGGCGAAGAUCGGUGAGGUGGUCGAGGUCAACUGUCCCGAACUCUUCUCUCAGUUCAUGAGCGAGGAAGACUUCCAGCUGGGGAAGGUGAGUCGCAACUGCAGUGAGUUCGGCUGGUCCGAGACCUUCCCUCACUACAUCGACGCCUGUCUGUACGAGGAGGGAAACAGCAGCCAUCCGGACAUGUACUACGUGUCGGUGAAGGCUCUGUACACGGUCGGCUACAGCACCUCUCUGGUCUCUCUCACCACAGCCAUGGUCAUCCUCUGCAGGUUCAGGAAGCUGCACUGCACCAGGAACUUCAUCCACAUGAACUUGUUUGUGUCGUUCAUCCUGAGAGCCAUUUCUGUCUUCAUCAAAGACGGCGUGUUGUACGCCAAAGAGGACAGCGAGCACUGCUUCAUCCACACGCUGGAGUGUCGAGCGGUUAUGAUAUUCUUCCACUACUGCGUCCUCUCCAACUACUUCUGGCUCUUCAUCGAGGGCCUGUACCUCUUCACGUUACUGGUGGAGACCUUCUUCCCUGAGAAGAGAUACUUCUACUGGUACAUCAUCAUCGGCUGGGGGACGCCCACCGUGUGCGUGACCAUCUGGGCGGUGCUGCGGCUGCACUUCGAUAAUAUCGGCUGCUGGGACAUGAACGACGACGCUGCCAUCUGGUGGGUGAUAAAGGGACCCGUGCUGGCUUCCAUCAUGAUAAACUUCGUUCUCUUCAUCGGAAUCAUCGUCAUCCUCGUGCAGAAGCUACAGUCUCCAGACAUCGGAGGGAACGAGUCCAGUAUUUACCUGAGGUUGGCUCGCUCCACUCUGCUGCUGAUUCCUCUGUUUGGGAUCCACUACACUGUGUUUGCCUUUUCCCCGGAGAACGUGAGCAAGCGGGAGCGUCUGGUGUUUGAACUCGGACUCGGAUCCUUCCAGGGUUUUGUGGUGGCCGUCCUCUACUGCUUCCUGAAUGGAGAGGUGCAAUCGGAGAUCAAGAGGAAAUGGCGCAGCUGGACGGUGAACAGGUACUUUGCUGUGGACCUGAAGCACCGGCAUCCUUCGCUGGCGAGCAGUGGGGUGAACGGGGGAACGCAGCUGUCCAUCCUGAGCAAAAGCAGCUCGCAGAUCCGCAUGUCCAGCCUGCAGGCCGAGACCCCGGCCACCUGAGCGCCACCCGCGGGGACGCCACUCCCACCACUGGACCUGACGCCACCACUACCACGCCGCCCACCCUCGUCCCGAUGACCAGCCUCACCAACCCGUUCCUCAACCCAUACCCCAACCCGUACCCGGACGACACCACGAUGGAAAUUGACCAGGUCUGACCUACCUUGACCCCAUGAAACACGACUAAA